AUGCAAACACGGGGAUCCGAUGCUCGCUCCAUUGAACUGAAUCAUCGCGAUAACAACGACAUUGCUCAGAUGAACACAGAAAUUUCGCGUGCUUUUCGACAGUUGGACUCGUACACAUUCUACACUGCUUUUCCGCAGCUUAUCUCACGCAUCGUACAUCCGAAUUCCUCGGUUUUUACCACGUUGAAGGCCAUCCUAGCUGAUCUCAUUUGCAAGUAUCCUCAUCAAUGUCUAUGGCAGUCUAUCGCUGUGUACAGAACUGUUCCUUGGCAAAAGAAUAUCCGACAAGAGAGAUGUGCGCAGGUUUUUGCGGUGGUGAAGAACAAGCGCCACAAUAUGGAUGUCUUAAUUGAUCAGUACGACUACGUUGCGUCAAUACUUAUCGAGUUCGUUUACAUCAAUACGAGAAAGCUGCUCUGUAGUUCA